GAGGAUAUAUAGAGGCCUACGCUAGUACGAUAGUAGAUCUCCGUGUUUCCGACACACACCGUGGUUUUUCUCCAAAAAAUGCAAGUAGCAACACCGGCAACAUGAAGUUGAUUCUUUUUGUAUCGAUUUUGUGCGGUCUACUUGCGUUCGACUGCAACGCGGCCGAAUCUCCGGAAUCGGUGUUGAUAACAAAAUUAACGCCAAUAAACGCAGACCGGACCGCGCGCGCAAAUGAUGAAGACAACACGAACGUUGCUCGGGGAGACUUGACUCCGUCUGCGAGCGAUCGAACAUUUCAUAUAACCAAAGACUAUCCGGGAUACCCCGGCGGGUCGUGGGGAGGAGGAUAUCCAGGCGGAUCGUGGGGAGGAUAUCCAGGUGGAUAUCCAGGCGGAUAUUCGGGAUCUGUUUAUCCUGGCACAUCGUAUCGCGGCAGCGGCCUGGUCCCAGGAUACAGGGGUUACCCCGGAGGAGGACUUCUUGGAUACGGAUAUUACGGUAACUAUCCAGGGUAUUCAGGAUACGGCGGUUACAGCGGAUACGGGGGUGAUUAUUACGGAAUAAGAGGCGGUGGUUACGGCGGUUACGGGGGUUCCGGGGGUUCCGGAGGUUACGGGGGUUCCGGGGGUUACGGAGGCUACGGAGGCUACGGAAGUUACGGCGGAUACGACGACGGAGGUUACGGACGUGGCGGUUACGGCCGUUACGACGGAUACGAUGGCUACGGAUACGGCACGAAUUACGGCUCGACGUACUCUGCAAGAAGUCCGUAUUAUCCGUACAGUUAUCGCGGCAGUACUUACGGCACCGUUGCUAAUCCGUCUGGAUACCGCGGUUACUCAUAAGCAUGCGUGUGCGUAAUAACGCAAAUAUCGAGAAUACUUUUUUUUUACAAAUUAACAUAUUUUUGCAUAAACACAAACACACGCAUACACGCGAGCGAAUCACUAGUUAUUAUUUACAGUCUUUUUUUUUAGAUUUUAAUACGUAAAACAAGCUUGUGUGUAUUAACUCCCCCUCCCCUCUCUCCUCGGUUCUCCUUUACGUCUCUUAUCUGAUACAAAUAUAUCACAUGUAAGAUCAACUUUUUGUAAUUUGUAUAUGUAACAAAGAUAUGCUAUGUUGAUAAAAAAAAAAUAUACGGGUGUAACACA